AUGACGGAGGAAAUCUCUCUUUCAGUAGAGGAGACCAAUAAGCUUCGAGCCCAGCUCGGCUUAAAACUUUUGCCUGUCGAAAAAGACCCUCGCAAAAAUCAUGAAGGUGAAGUGGUGAAACUGGAACUCUCACUAGAGGAGACCAAUAAGCUCAGAGCAUCUCUCGGACUUCGGCCGAUUGUGAGGGAGACGGAGGAGAAGAUUAGUAGUGGAGGUGAUCAUGGAACGAGCAAAGAAGAAAAAGGUCAUGGUGGGCAGCUGGAAUCAACAUCGGCAAUUGAUACCAGCAGCAAGCUCUUUUACAAUGAAGCAGAUCCGGAUUGGCUCAACAAGGUGGGCAAAAACAGUCAAAGAGACCAAAAUGUUACCGCAGUUGCCAAACAGACCGAAGAUGCUGAUCAACCUGAUUUAGAGGUGGCUCAUAGCACACUGGCUUUGAGGGAUUUGAAGGACGGGGAAGUCUUCACACUUGAAGACCAGAGUAUUCUUGAUGACGGGCGUGAACGUAUACUGAACGAAAAGAUCUCUAAGGCUGAAAAACUACGAAGAGAUGAACGGGAAAAGGCUAAAGCUGCGAUAUUGAAGUUUGGGGCGAGAUUUGACUAUGAAGAGGAGGAGGAUGAGGAGCCAGAGGAGUUUGCCCAAGUAAUAGGGUCAACCAUCGUGAUGAAGGAUGUGUCGAAGUCGGUUGAGCCCGAAAAAAAUGAUGUGACCGAUGCGGGAGCUUUGUUUGACGAUCUCGAUGAGGAACAACCUGUGAAAAUGAAGAAGUUCAAGAAGAAGAUGCCCAAGAAGAAUAAGGGCCAGGCGAAAAAGCGCGUUCUCGAAGAUGAUCAUGUCACCGAUGUUCAACCUAUGGUAACUGUAGAGCUCAAGUUGGACGAAGGUGACGAGGAGGAGGACAUUGACCUGAUUCUAGCGCAGAAUCGUCAGAAACGGCAGAAAAAAAGAAAGCAUCUCACACCAGAACAGAUUGCUCAGGAAAUUCAACUGCAUAAGCGGAUAGAUAGGAUAGAAAGGAGCAACGGUAUUGUGUUCGACGACACUGCUGAGUUUCUAAACUCCAUUGGAGAAAAGGCUAAGGAAUCAAAACAGCCCGUCGAGGACAAUGGUGAUGAAGCACGAGAGCACAAUGAUGAUCUAAUAGAUGCUGGAGCCGGUUCGAAUGAGAUCGAGAACGUGCCUCUUACGAGCAGAGAUACCACUUCUGAGCCUACCGGCACCUCCUCUACACCCACGUUCGGAAGCAUGGCUUCAACGCUCGAAUACCUUCGUAAAAAUAGAGCUGUCAAGGUGGAGCUGGCAGAGGAAAAGGAGACACGAAAGAGACAGGAGCAAAGAGUCAAGGAAGCUGAAAUACAGCGUAUUGCAAUUUCAAUCGAGGAAAGGACUGUUAGGCAAGAGUUGGAAAGGGAUCCAUCCUACAAGCGUCUUACCAAGGAAGAGCAGGAGUCUACUUUUGACAGAGUUCUUAACGAAAGACUCAUUGCCAAGGGUCUUGUAGAGACCCCCAAAAGCCGCUACCCCGGCAGAGAAGAUCGCCUCUCUGACUACAGCCCUCAGGUUCAGCUUCAGUACAAGGACAAGGAAGGAAACCAGCUCGACCAGAAGCAAGCAUGGAAACAGCUUUCGCAUCGGUACCACGGCACAGCACCAAAGCACAAAAAAAGAAAACCCGUUUCAAAGUCCGAACAAGAGCAUGUCGUGGGAUGA